AUGUGGUUAUUACUAUAUUUUCUUGCCGUGAUCCCUAUUUGUGUAAUUACUGAGGCGUCCAAUCGUUCUAAUACCUUUUCAUCCGGGCAUGCUCUCUUGUAUUCAAAUUCCAGCGCCAUCGUCCAAUUCGUUGAUGGAGCAAGCCCUCAACGAGAAUUUCUUCUAAAUGAAACGACAGCAACAUUCCACACGCGCAGUCAUGCAUGGGGAGCAGGUACUAUUUCCACUGAUUCUGGCGAAGAGUCCUGGAAUCUGGAUCAUAUUCCCUACAACAACUUCACUGGACCUUACAACAUCCCCCUUGAUGAUGGCCUACGACUAAUAAUCACGAGGUCCCCUGGGCGGGUCCUCAGGGAAACGUACAUGUUUGAGAAUACCUCGCCUGAAAGGAUCACCGUAACAGGGUUACACAUACAGACCCCCUUUAACGACCUUUACGACACAGCCCUCUGGUCUCUGACAUCUGCCGUGGAUGCCCAUAUUUUCACCGGCGGUGCGUGGGCGUGGGCGUUAGCUGAACCUAUCUCUGACGUCCGAGGACACAUAGUCCUUCAAGUCACGGACGCCAAGAGGGACCCCGAUGGUUUUGGUGGUCAACCAGUGGUCCAUAUUGACCCAGGAAACUCAUACGCUCUGGAGUGGGAAAUUGGUUUCUACGAUAAUACCAGCGCCUUCAUUGAAGCUACAAAACCUCCAGCAACCUUCUCGGCGUACUCGGCCCCUUUAGACCAAGAAAACACCGUUACUUCAGAGAUCGAACCGACUUCCUCAUCUUCGAAUUUGAAGAUCAGGCGGAGAGGAAGUAGCUAUACACUCAGUGCAAGUUCACCAGGCACCUAUAACGUCGACAUUGGCGAUUCCCGGACUGAAAUUUCAUUUCACCUGCCGCUCAAAACCGUUGUGCGAGAGAGGACCCACUACAUCCUAGAACACCAGCGGCCGGUCCAGCGUCCAGCUCCCCUCAAUGCUGCCUUCGUUGCCAUUGACACUGAAAACCUCACUACAAUUGUGUCAAGCACAUGGGACGACUGGGGGGAUGGAUCCGAGCGAAUUGCUAUGCCUACGCUUCUUCAAUUAGCAGCUAUGCAGGGCUAUGUUUCGUCCGAAUUAGUGGAAAACCCCUUGAGAAACUGGGUCGAGUUUGCCAGUAGCUCCCUAUUUGACGCUGAAGGCAAUACUCGCCGUUGCACCGGAUGCUCCCAAACUCAGAGGCUGUACGACGUCAUAUGGCUUGUGAUGUUUUUCAACGACCGGUACAAAUGGCUCGGUAAUAGCACGAACAUCGACACCGCAGUGACGCUACUCAAUAGAGCAUUCGAAGUCGGACAGGUGCAGGAAGCACCAAUCAUCUUCUUUUCCCAAGCCAUCCUAGAACUCUGCGAGAGCCUUGACAAACUCGGACGGUAUAACGAAAGCACCACAUACAAAAGAAAACUUGUCGAUACAACUAUGAGCUUCGUGAACGAUGGACGCGACCUCCCGUCAUCGGAAGUCAGCUAUGAGCAGUCUAUCGUGGAACCUCUGGUUGAGAUGGUCGCAGACACAUAUAAUUUAACGAGAAACGCCACGCUGCUGAGCGAGACACAGGAGCGUCUUAACUGGCUCAUGGCUUUCUCCGGGUCACAGCCACAUGCUCGGCUCUAUCAAAUUGCCAACCGUCACUGGGAUGAUUAUUGGUUUGGCCUCCGUCGUCAGUGGGGCGACGUGUUUCCUCAUUACUGGAGUGCGUUGACCAGUCAAGCACUCAUCCGCCUUCCUCGGGAGCUGAGAACCAAGCAAACAGAUGAUAUUGCUCUGCAGAUCCUACGAUCUAACAUGGUCAACUUUUUUCCGGGAGGAUCGGCAACGUGCGCAUUUGUCUAUCCUUCUGCAGUUAACGGUGAGUCGGCUAAUGUAGCUGAUCCUAUGGCUAACGAUCAGGACUGGCACCUUGUUAUUUGGUUGAGACUGCUUGAAUAUGGAGUACCAAAUGUCUAA